AUGGUCUGUGACGACGGCCUCACUCCAUCGCCUCUUAUCACGCGCAAGUCGCUCCGAAGACUAGCAUCAACAAGAGGAUUCAAACCGCGCUCUGAAUCUACCUGGAUACGCGUGUUUGAUGGCCUUGAACCCUAUGCUGUGGAUGCCCCGAGCAAGCUGUUAAAAGUGUCGCCAUAUACUACCGUCGAAGACGUAAACAAGAAACUUGGUUUCAAUGAGGAGUUGACGCUAUGGGUGCAGAUAGGAGGAGAAAAUUCUCGACGACUAGAAUUGAAUGAGUUCCCAUUCCAAAUACAGGAGAAGUUUUUAAUUAGUAAUGGUUGGAAGUCAGAGCCAAGGCGACAGCGGCUUGCGGUUGAUCCGGAGUUACGUCAUAGUCUGCGUUGGUGUGCUGGACCUUCCAGUCGGUCUGGUGGUGUAUUGCGUUCAGGCACUGUUUAUGUUCUAAAAGGGCACGUGUUCCCACAAUGGAAGCCGCGACAAGCCCACAUCAUUGGAUCGCAAUUACAUACACACGGUGUGUCCUGGGAUAUGUUGGAGCUCAAUGGGGGUACUAUUGAAAUGUGUCAACCGAAAGCCCAAAAACUAGUCCUCUGCGUAAAGCUUCGUUGUCAAGGCAAUGGUGUACUUGACACGGGAGUCAAUCAUUUAUUUCUGGGGUUCAAUACAAUUUGGGAGCGCAACAUGUGGUGCCGUUGGUUAAAAGAGUGUAUUGUAAUGGUUGAGAGUAAUAAAAUGAAAUGUGAAGACGAGGAGAUAGACAGCUUGGAUGUUUUCUCUCAGCAAAAUGAAGAUGUGUUCUUGGAUAGCUUGGAACCAGCUACUUAUAGAGAGAAAUAUGAAAACUCGGGCACUCAAAGUACACAGCCACCAAAUGUGUUAGACUUGAGUGGUGGCGGACGUUCCUGUCUGCCGGUAGCUCUAAACCAGCACGCCUCAGAUGGGUUCGCGGUGAGAGUUUUAAGGAUGAGGAACAACACUCUACCAGCCCUGCCUCCACAAACAUGCAACCUGCUAGCCCUCACUCAUCUCGAUGUUAGCGACAAUAAAAUCAUUGAGCUACCAAAGGAGAUUUCACAUCUAACGCAAUUAGAAGAAAUAAACGUGAGCAACAACGAAAUAAAGUCGCUGGACUGUCUUUUACGACUCCCUCGUCUGAGAACUGUUGUAGCUGCUAGAAACUUGAUCACACAAUUCGGAGCCAAUGAAACUAGCCAAAUGGGUUUUCUAGAAGAAAAUAAGUCAGAAUAUCGUGCACCGCUUACGAAUGUUGACCUCCGAUACAAUAAAUUAAAAGGAAGCAUAAUUCUUGGUAAUUAUGAGCACCUGGUGACUCUUGAUGUCUCUCAUAACUCUAUUGAAGUUUUGGUGCUAUCAUCGCUUCGUGGACUACGAGAGCUGUAUGCAGCUCAUAAUUCUAUCCAGCACUUAGCCUUGCAUGGUGCUUCAUUACGUGUCCUACAUGCUCCGUACAAUAAUAUGGAGAGUUUGACAACAACGGUGCCACCAAUAAAUUUAGUGGAGAUGAACUUGACAUAUAAUAAAUUAUCAUCUUUACCACAGUGGAUCAGUGGUUGUUCAGAUCUGACCAAACUGUUUGCAAGUAAUAAUCAACUAACGUCCCUACCAGAACAUUUGUUUUGUAGUGAACUCUCAAGUUUGAGUCAUCUACAUUUAGCUCACAAUAAAAUAACAAAUUUUCCAUCUAUGCCUCGAUUAAGGUCACCGUUAAAGGAACUACUUCUUCAUGAUAACUGUAUACAGUCGUUGCCAGAAAAUUUCUUUUCCAUUUGUGAUAGGCUCUGUAUUUUAAAUUUAUCUAAUAAUAGAUUAAGUCGACUUCCUCGAGUAAGAGGAGCAUCUCCACAUUGCUUAGAGAACCUAUACUUAACAGCCAAUUGCUUAACCGAUGAUGUAAUAGAUGUUAUAAUUACAUUUCGUGGUCUUAAAAUAUUACACAUUGCACAUAAUUGCCUUACCAACCUCCCUGAAACAUGUUUAAACUUUUGGCCAGAAAUUGAAGAACUGGUUCUUUCUGGUAAUUCACUCUCGAAAUUGCCAGAUAAUUUGCCACAGAUGAAUAACAUAAAAAUUGUGAGGGCACAUUCAAACCGUCUUCGGUCAGUUCCAAUGUUUGCUUGCAGUGCUAGCGUUAAAAUUCUAGACUUUGCUCAUAACGAACUAGACAGCAUUGAUCUGCGUCUUUUAGCACCGAAGCAACUAAAAUUUUUAGACAUAUCAUGUAAUAAGAAGUUACAAAUGAAUCCCUCACAAUUUAAUGCUUAUAAAUGUCAACGACCUUUAAGCCUAGUUGAUGUCACUGGACAACAUGCAAAUUCUUUAUCACAAAAAAAUAAUUUUCAUGAAGAAUUAUGUGGCGGGACCCCGUGGGUAACUGGAUUUUCAGAAUGUCCAAAUAAAAAACUUCUCCUAUCUUGUGCUCAAAUACGACUUCCAUCGUUUUGUAACAAGGAAGGCUUAUUUGCUAUAAUCGACGGAGAAACAGAUAUCGAAGUUCCAAAAAUACUACAGUCAUGUCUUCCAGGAUUAUUACUUGAAGAAAAAUCUAUUAAGGAAACAGUCAAUGAAUAUAUGAAAUAUGUUAUACUAGCUGCACAUAGAGAAUUGAAACAAAAAGGGCAGACAAAAGGUGCAUGUCUUGUAAUGUGUCACUUGUCUCCUAUUAAUACUCCCGAUAAUAGUUUCGGACAACCCAUAAGACGAUAUAAUAUAAGAUUAGCGAAUGUUGGGAAUACAAAAGCAGUGUUAAGUCGUCGUAAUGGCCCUUUAUGUUUAGGUAUAGAUGAUAAUAAACGGUUAGGUUAUUCCUCAAGAUAUCCAAUUAAUGUACCUGAUCCCGAUAUUAUACAAACUGUAAUUAAAGAAGACGAUGAGUUUUUAAUAUUAGGAAACGCAAAAUUUUGGGAAUCCGUUACAGUCGAUACUGCGAUAUCAGAAGUGAGAGCUGAACGGAAUCCAGUAUUAGCAGCAAAGAGAUUACAAGAUUUGGCUCAAAGUUACGGAACAGAGGAUUGUAUAUCGGUGGUAAUUGUACGAUUUGAUACCGUUCGUUCCGAUGUAGAUUUAUUAAUGCGAGAAUUACGACAUACAAUCAACACAAACAAACCUGUAUGUAACCCCGACUGUUGUUGCUCUCGUUUAGAACCAUGUUGCCAUUCUAUUUCACCACCAAAAUCAAAUAGCGAUAGAUCUUCUCCAAGUGGACAAAGUGAUCGGCCUUCUAGUGAAACAGUCAGUCAUCAACACUACGCCAGUGUACGUUCUCAUAAUAGGGCUUCAGAAAGAAAACCAAGAGGCGGAGUUGCACGAGCAAUUCGAGUUCGAGUUGAAGAAGACAAAGAGACUGACAAAAUAAUUGACGACGUUCCCUCUUCAGAUGAACAAUUCAAAUGUUGGGAAUAUAUGCUAGAACAAAAUACACAAAUGCUAUUUGAUAAAGAGCUAGAUAAUCUUUCAAAAGGAAUUAAAUCAAAUACAAGCAGUUUAAGAAAUUUAAAGGGACUCUCAGGUAGUAGUCCCCAACUACAUCUAAAUACGAAACAAUCAAAACUACCGUUUCUCUCAAAACAUUUCGGGAGUGCUAGAUCUUUCGGUACUAAUAUAAAGCCUGAGUUUCGUUUCGGUUCAGGAAGAAUGCCUAAUGGUGGUCCCAAUGCUGCUUAUUUUGGUUCACUUCAAAGGUUAAUGCCUUAUCAUUUAGAAUAUGAUUUUGCAGUUAUUCAAGAAAAACAAACACAAUCACAGGACUCUCUGGAUCUUGAGGGCCGGAUGCAGCAAUAUUGGGGAGUUGCAACAACUGAACUUUAA